AUAGAUCACGAAAGGGCUACUUCUUGGAGCCAAUGCUGCGCUCUCUCUCUCUCUCUCUCUCUCUCUGUCCUAUUUUGGGUUUCAAAAGUUGCAGCCCUCUCUCUCUGUCCUAUUUUGGGUUUCAAAAGUUGCAGUCCUCUCUCUCUCUCUCUUGCCUGUGACUUGCCCCUUCCUCCACCACCCUUCCCUCUCUCUCUUUAUCUUUCUAUAUAUGUUUGGUAUUUGAAGCUUGCAAGUUUGUGGUGAAGCCUUGUGAAAUUGGUGGAGGAUAGGCAUCUCUACGGGAUCGAGCUUUCCCGGUAUCGGGGGUUGAGACAAGCAAAUGGCAUCCUCGGAUGAUGAAGAGGAGGUAGUGCUGAAUUGUGUUGAAAAUUACCACUUUGAGGAUGAAAAACAAGAACCCAUCUCUUUUACUGUUUUACCUAUCCAAUGGACUGAGACUGAUAGUCCAGGCACCACAAAGAAUCAAAUUUUCUUGCAUGGGACUGCUGAUAGUGGGCUUCAGAAAGUGUAUAAGCAAGUCAUGGCGUGGAAGUUGGAUCUCUCGGGAGAAAAGCCCACCAUUUAUGUGCUCACCAAAGAUAACAUUUGGAUGCAGCUUCAGAAGCCAAGGAAAAGUUUUGAGGAGACAAUCAGGACAAUUUUGGUAACUGUGUAUUUCCUUCACUUUGCAUCUAAGAACAAAGACACCUCAGAGAAGGCUAUCUGGGAUCAUCUGAGAAAAGUUUUCAGCACCCAUGAAGUCAGUCCAUCAGAACAUGAUUUGUCCUACCAUCUCUCUUUGAUUAGAGGAAUGGCUCAAAGAGAUGAAAUGUUAGCAAAUUCCAAGGUUAUUAGCUCAUUUCUUGAAGAGAAGCCAAAGAAGAGAAAAAUAUCUGAUGAAGAUAUUCACACUGGUCCUGAUGCGAAGAAAUUGAAAUUUAUCGUUGAUGAUGACGAUGAAUUUGACGAUGACUGUGGAGAUUUUGAUGCUGAUGAAUCGGAUGAGGAAGGGAAUGAUUUAUUUGACACUGUUUGUGCCAUCUGUGACAAUGGUGGUGAACUUUUGUGUUGUGAAGGGCCGUGCAUGAGGUCUUUCCAUGCAACUAAUGAUGCUGGUGCUGAAUCAUAUUGUAAAAGUCUUGGCAUGACUGAUGCUCAAGUGAAAGCAAUUCAGAAUUUUUUCUGUAAGAAUUGUCAGUACAAACGACAUCAGUGCUUUGCUUGUGGAGCCUUGGGUUCUUCAGAUAAAUCUUCUGGCGCUGAGGUCAUUGCUUGUGUGUCAGCCACAUGUGGUCGGCACUAUCAUCCGGGGUGUGUGGCAAAAUUACUUUUUCCAAAAGAUGAAGCCAAGGCUGAUGAUCUUCAAAAGCGUAUCAUUGGUGGCGAGUCAUUCACUUGCCCAAUUCACAGAUGCUUACUCUGUAAACAGGUUGAAAAUAAAGAGGAGCUCGACCUGCAAUUUGCCAUUUGUAGACGAUGUCCCAAAGCAUAUCAUAGGAAGUGCUUGCCCAGGAGGAUUGCGUUUGAGGAGUUGGAAGAUGAACCACAAAGAGCUUGGGAUGAUUUAAUUCCAAAUCGGAUAUUGAUUUACUGCCUGAAGCAUAGGAUUGAUGAGGAUCUUGGUACUCCCGAAAGAAACCAUAUAAAAUUUCCCGAGGAUCCUGCAAUGAAGAAAGUUCAUGCUACCAUACCUAAAUCUGGCAAAGAAAAGGUUCUGAAAAAGAGAGACACAGUUUCUGAGGAAUCUUCUGAAGAUGAGAGGCCCACUUUCAAGGCUUCAAAACAGAUUGCAAAGGAAUAUUCAUCUAAAAAAGAAAUCGAUUCUUUGGAAAAUGGGCAGCUAGUUUCUGCAAUAAAAAUUAUUGAUUUCACUAAGAAAUUGCAGAAGACUGACACAUAUAAGAAUGAUAGCGUGAAUCCGACCCUUGUGAAAGAGAAGUUGCCUAUGCCAAGCAUUGACAAUGACCCCAUGAGAGAAGAAAGGUCUGCUAAAACAUUGCCAAAUAAGGGAUUGGAACAGGUUAAAGCCAAGUUAAAGGACACAACUCAAAGUAAACAUGAGAAAUCUGAGUCCUCUGAACCUAUUGUGGACAAGGACAUGCAAGAAAAGAUAUUAUCCUUGAUUAAAAAAUCCACGGAUUCUUUGUCAUUAAAAAAGGUAACUAUGAGAAACCUUGGCCCUUCUACUCAUGCAUAUUUCCCCAGAAAUUUGGACAAGACUAUUACUCAGGGGAAAGUUGAAGGUUCUGUUGAGGCUGUCCGUGCAGCUCUGCAAAAGCUAGAGGAGGGUGGCAGCAUUGAGGAUGCAAAGGCUGUCUGUGAGCCUGAAAUCCUCCGCCAAAUAAUGAAGUGGAAGAACAAGAUGAAAGUCUACCUCUCACCGUUCUUGCACGGGAAUCGUUAUACAUCCUUUGGGCGGCAUUUCACUAACCGAGAAAAGCUUAAGAAGAUUGUUGAGGAGAUGCACUGGUAUGUGCAAGAUAGCGAUAUGGUAGUUGAUUUCUGUUGUGGUGCUAAUGACUUCAGCAUCUUGAUGAAAGAUAAGCUUGAGGAAACUGGGAAGAAGUGUUUUUUCAAGAAUUAUGAUAUCAUUCAACCUAAGAAUGAUUUUAAUUUUGAAAGGAAAGAUUGGAUGAGUGUUAGCCUCAAGGAUUUACCAAAAGGAGAUCGUCUGAUUAUGGGGCUCAAUCCUCCAUUUGGGGUCAAUGCAGCUUUGGCAAACAAGUUCAUUGAUAAAGCUCUAGAAUUCAAGCCAAAGCUCGUUGUGCUGAUUGUUCCAAAGGAAACACAAAGGUUGGAUGCAAAAAAAGAUGCAUACGAUCUUCUUUGGCAGGAUGUUGACCGCUUUAGAGGCCAUUCCUUUUACCUUCCAGGUUCUGUCGACGAUGAAGAUAAUCAAUUAGGACAGUGGAAUAAUUCUCCGCCUCCCCUCUAUUUCUGGAGCCGUUCUGACUGGACCGCAAGGCAUAAAAAUAUUGCUUUGCAGCAAAAGCAUAUAACAAUGGAGGGAAUAGACACUCUAGAUGAGGUUGGUCACAAUGUAAUGGCACAUGAUUUUCUAGAGCUUCAAAAUGGUCUCCCUUCAAAUGAACCUCCAACUCAAGCUGCUAACCAUUGGCAUGCCGAAUUUACUGAGCAACUGAGAAUGUUCGAGAGGUCAGCCCAAGAAAAUGAGCAGAAGAUAUCAGAAGAACCACCAUCAGCUUCUCGAUCUGAAGACCAUGGGAUACUCCAGUCUUCCCCUAAUUCUGCACGCCAACGAGAUGAGGGAAAACCCAUGGAGAAUGGUUUUCAAAGCCAUGGGAGUCAUAAAAUGAAACCUGCCAAUGAAAAUCAGUACAGUCGGAGAAAUGGAAAGAAACCCAAAGAAGAGCUCGGUCGCAAAGGAGAGGCUCGACAAGGGGAGGGUGAAUCUCGACAAAGGGAGGAAGAAUCUCGGCAAAGUGAGGGAGAGUGUCGACAAAGGGAAGGAGAGACUCGACAAAAUGCAACAGCUCGACAAAAGGAAGGAGAGGUUCGACAUUGGGAAGGAGAGAUUCGACAAAGGGAAUCUGGCAAGGUGUCAAUGGGUAGCUCUAAUGAGAGGCCCGAAAAAGGCAAGCUCCCGAAGGUUAGCCGAGGUAGUACGGAUGAGACCCCUGAACGAGAUGAAAGCAGGCGUGGGCUUCAAUCUGAGAGGAUUUUCGACACGGGAUUAACACAUUCUUCAAGCAUGGUGUCUCCAUCUGAGGCAACUGAAAUCAAUCGACCCUACGAAAUGUUUCAAGCUCCAAAAGAGAGAGGGGUCAAUGAGGAGAACUUCCAUGGAUUCAACCGCAUAAACACGAGCCCUGAAAUUGACUUGGGAAAGAGAUAUCAUCUCAGUACGCCAAAUAGUGGGCGGGACGAAAGCAUUAAUGAUAUAGCAAGGAGGUACGCUUCUAAGGAAGGCACCUUUGGGAGUGGGUCUCACAAUUGGGGUUCAUCGGGUGUCCUCUCUGACAAGCAGUUUCACAUGCAUUCGCCUCUUGGCCUUUCAAGUAGCUUUGAUAAUCGGUUCCCUGGUUAUUUGAGUGGUAACGAAAGAGCCCAUGGCUAUGUUGGGGGCUCAAAGCAAUACAUUGAUGGGCUAGACGAGCGGUACGGAUCAAGUGUCAAGUUGUAUGGUGGAGAGAUAAGCGAUGACUUCUCACUAAGAGGACGGUAUCAGGGUGACCGAGAUGCUCGACUGGGCAUAUUGGGAGCUUCUCUCCCUACCUCAGGCACUUCUCUUUCUGACCCGUAUGGUAUUCAAGGGCGUAAUAGUUCAGAGGGAGGUGGUUAUCUGAGCUCCUUGGCAACCCAAAGGUAUGCACCUAGGCUGGAUCAGCUUAACUUUGCUAGGCCCGGGGCCCCAACUAUAUCCGAAAGCUCGGUUAUGGGUGGCUUCUUUGACCCUAGGAGAGAGCCAGUAGCUCAAAACGUGGCCUUUUAUGGUGGUUCGAUGACGGGCUUUGCGAGUGGACCUCAGCGCCCGCAUCAGGGCUCGUCGGGUGGGUGGCUUAACGAGUGAGUCGUUGAUCCCCAUGUUGUUUGGGAUGUAUAGUUUUUUGACGUACUGGUUCCUUUUUAUUAUUGACAGACUUUCGGUUCAGUCAUGGUACGUGGACCAUUGAUUGCACUCCUAUGCGAUGUUAAAUUGCAGUGUUGGUGGGAAAAAUUGAAAGGAAAAGGGAAACCAGAACCUGUUUGUUCUGGUCAUUCUAUUA